AUGCUAGGUGACCUGUCCUGUGCCCUUCUAUUUAGUGAUGCAACUAUAACAACUCUGUAUCCUCUCCUGAACUUUGCUCCUCCAACACCACUUACAAGAGCUAAGGGUGCAUUGACAUUCACUGUUCACUCUUCUGUGCACAAGCUCAGAUUAUUACUUCAUGAACAUUCUCCCAAUCUGCCAUGGUCUCACCACAAUGACAUUAUUGCAGUCACCCCAGCUUUGGAUGGGGAUGAUCACAAUCUUUCUUCCUCUGUCAAUGGCUCUGUAAGGGGCAUCCUGUUUGAUCUGAUGGAUGUCAUGCUUAUAUUAUUACUUCAAGAACAUUCUCCCAAUCUGCCAUGGUCUCACCACAAUGAUGUUAUUGCAGUCACCCCAGCUUUGAAUGAGGAUGAUCAAGAUCUUUCUUCCUCUGUCAAUGGCUCCGUAAGGGCUCAAGCACCCUCGAUACUGGCUUCUUCCUUCCCUCCCUCUUCUAGGGCAUCACUGGACCCUCGAAGAUCGUCUGAAGGUUUAGGAGGAGCAGAGGAGCAGAGGAGCAGAGGAGCAGAGGAGCAGAGGAGCAGAGGAGCAGAGGAGCAGAGGAGCAGAGGAGCAGAGGAGCAGAGGAGCAGAGGAGCAGAGGAGCAGAGGAGCAGAGGAGCAGAGGAGCAGAGGAGCAGAGGAGCAGAGGAGCAGAGGAGCAGACAGGAUGAGGACAGGAGGGGAAAGGCUACUAUGGACAAGGUCCAGGGUAGAAACAAACAGAGGUAG